AUGGCAGGUGCGGCUCCUACUGAGUCUCAAAAAUUCCUUUCCACCCGUGGUGGUGACUAUGGCCUCUCCUUCGAGACUGUUGUCCUGAAGGGUCUGGCCGCCGAUGGCGGUCUUUUCCUGCCUCACGAAGUGCCCCAGGCAACCAAUUGGGAGAGCUGGAAAGACCUCUCAUACCCCGAUCUUGCCUUCCAGAUUAUGCGCCUGUACAUCUCGGAAUCCGAAAUCCCCUCCGAAGACUUGAAAUCGAUCAUCGACCGAAGCUACUCGACAUUCCGUUCCGAAGAAGUAGUUCCUCUGGUGAAGCUCCAGGAUAACCUGCACAUUCUGGAGCUUUUCCACGGGCCCAGCUACUCUUUCAAGGAUUGCGCCUUGCAGUUCCUUGGAAACCUUUUCGAAUAUUUGCUCGUGCGCAAGAACCAAGGAAAAGUGGGCAAGGACCGCCACCACCUGUCCGUCGUUGGCGCGACAAGUGGUGAUACUGGAUCUGCCGCUAUCUACGGUCUCCGAGGCAAGAAGGAUGUUUCUGUCACCAUCUUGCACCCCAAGGGCCGUGUCAGCCCAAUCCAGGAGGCUCAGAUGACAACCUGCAUUGACCGGAACGUGCACAACCUCGCCGUCAAGGGCACUUUCGAUGAUUGCCAAGAUAUUGUCAAGGCUCUGUUCGGUGACGCCGAUACCAACGAGACCCUGAAGCUGGGUGCUGUCAACUCGAUUAACUUCUCGAGAAUUCUCGCUCAGAUUGUCUUCUACUUCUACUCUUACUUCUCUCUUGCGAGAAAGUCCGAUUCAUUCAAGGUUGGGGACAAGGUCCGAUUUGUCACUCCUACUGGAAACUUCGGCAACAUACUUGCGGGUUAUUUCGCUACUAAGAUGGGCUUGCCGGCCGACAAGCUGGUUGUCGCCACCAAUGAGAACGAUAUUCUGCACCGCUUCUGGCAGACUGGUCGCUAUGAGAAGCAUCCUGCCGAGGAGGCCGAUAAGACCGAUGCCUGCAAGGAGACUUACAGCCCCGCCAUGGACAUUCUAGUCUCUAGUAACUUUGAGAGAGUGAUGUGGUUCCUUGCAAGAGAUUCCGCACUCGCCGCUGGCAAGGACAAGGAUGCCAGCAACAAGCAGGCCGGCGAAGAUGUUCUGGCCUGGUACCACAAACUUAAAUCUACCGGUGGUUUCGGACCUGUGCCCGAGAAUAUCAUGGCAAACGGACGCCAAACCUUUGAGAGUGACCGUGUGAGCAAUUCGGAGACAGCCGCGACUAUCAAGAGCUGCUACCAGCAGACAAAAUACAUCCUCGAUCCCCACACUGCCGUCGGUAUUACCGUUUCACACAGAUCCAUGGCCCGGUCUAGCGCACCCCACAUCUCGCUCUCGACCGCUCAUCCCGCAAAGUUCUCGGAGGUCGUGAACAUGGCCUUGAAGGACGAGGCUGGCUUUGAUUUCGAGUCUCAGGUGCUUCCUGAGGAGCUCAAGGCUCUUUCUUCUAAGGAGUCCCGUGUCACUGAUGUGACCAACUCAUGGCAGGAGGUGAGGGAGAUCGUGAAGGGCUUUGCCGAGGCUGAUAUGAAGGCCGAGGCAAGCUCUUAA